GAGACAGACAGACAGACAGUAUCACAGAAUACUGUAUAGUCUCCACUCUACAGUCUCUUAUCCCAAUUGGGAAAGAGAAGGAUAUGGAGGGAGACCGAAGCUUGGGCGCCACCCAAUGUGAUGACCACUCACGACUCUACGAAGCUUACAAUGAGCUUCAUGGGUUGGCUCAGGAGUUCGAGACACCGUUCGACGCGCCGGCCGUGCUGGUGGUGGGUCACCAGACCGACGGCAAAAGCGCCCUUGUCGAAGCCCUCAUGGGCUUUCAGUUCAACCAUGUUGGCGGCGGCACCAAGACCAGGCGACCCAUUACACUUCACAUGAAGUACGACCCUGAUUGUGAGUCCCCUCUGUGUUAUCUUGUCUCAGAUGCUGACCCUACUCUGGCCGAAGAGAAGUCUCUUAUGGAAAUUCAGGCGUAUAUUGAAGCUGAAAAUGUGAGGUUGGAGCACGAGUCUUGUCAAUUUUCAGCUAAGGAAAUAAUUAUUAAAGUGGAAUAUAAAUAUUGCCCGAAUCUUACAAUCAUAGAUACUCCAGGACUUAUUGCUCCUGCUCCAGGUCGAAAGAAUAGAGCAUUACAGGCUCAAGCUCGUGCAGUGGAGUCCUUAGUGCGGGCAAAAAUGCAGCAUAAGGAAUUUAUUAUAUUGUGUCUUGAGGAUUGUAGUGAUUGGAGCAAUGCUACUACACGGCGUGUAGUAAUGCAGAUUGAUCCAGAGUUGUCAAGGACUGUAAUUGUCUCAACCAAGCUAGAUACUAGGAUACCUCAAUUUGCACGUCCAUCAGAUGUUGAGGUUUUCCUUUCACCACCUGCAUGUACCCUUGAUGGCUGCAUUCUGGGUGAUUCUCCCUUUUUCACAUCUGUGCCUUCUGGAAGAGUUGGUUCUGGAAGUGAUUCAGUAUACAGGUCCCAUGAUGAGUUCAAACAGGCGGUAUGCUUGAGAGAAGUCGAAGAUGUUACAUCUUUGGAGGAGAAGUUAGGCAGGCCAUUGUCGCAGCAAGAAAGAAGUAGGAUAGGUGUAAGCAAACUGAGGUCAUUCCUGGAAGAAAUGCUCCAAAAGAGGUAUAUGGAUAGUGUACCAUUGAUCAUUCCUCUUCUUGAGAAGGAGCACCAGAGUGUAACAAGGAGAUUCAAAGAUAUUAAUCAAGAACUGAGUUCCAUGGAUGAAGCCAAAUUAAAGGAGAAGGGAAGAGCCUUUCAUGAUCUGUUUUUGACCAAGUUGUCAUUGUUGCUUAAAGGGACAGUUGUUGCGCCUCCUGAUAAGUUUGGUGAAACACUACAGGAUGAACGAACAAAUGGAGCAGUAUUUGUUGGUACUGAUGGGGUGCAGUUCCCUUGCAAGCUAAUACCCAACGCAGCGAUGCAUCUCUAUGGUGGUGCACAAUAUCAUCGGGCAAUGGCUGAAUUUCGCUUUGUGGUUGGAGGAACCAAGUGUCCCCCAAUUACACGGGAAGAAAUUGUAAAUGCCUGUGGAGUUGAAGAUAUCCAUGAUGGAACAAAUUACUCUAGGACUGCUUGUGUAAUCGCUGUUGCAAAGGCUCGUGACACAUUUGAACCUUUUCUUCAUCAGUUGGGUUCGAGACUGCUGCAUAUACUUAAGAGAUUGCUCCCCAUCUCUGUGUAUCUUCUUCAGAAAGACGGCGAGUAUCUUAGUGGUCAUGAAGUGUUCCUUAGACGUGUUGCUUCUGCCUUCAAUAACUUUGCAGAAUCUACUGAGAAAUCAUGCCGUGAAAAAUGCAUGGAGGACUUGGUAAGCACCACCCGAUAUGUCUCAUGGUCUCUCCACAAUAAGAAUCGGGCCGGGUUACGCCACUUCUUAGAUUCAUUUGGUGGAACAGAGCAUUCCUAUGCUUCUAAUAAUUCUCCAGCAAUGGGUCUAUCACAAACAAGUACACACGAGAAAGACGACACAAAGCCUCGACCAGAUGUAAAGCUCAGUCAUCUGGCCUCUAGCAUUGAUUCCACUGCAUCUAGUCAGACUGUAGAAACAAGGCUUGCUGACCUUCUUGAUAGUACACUUUGGAACCGAAGGCUUGCCCCUUCAUCUGAAAGAAUUGUUUAUGCUUUGGUGCAACAGAUAUUUCAUGGCAUAAGAGAGUAUUUCCUGGCUUCCACAGAAUUAAAGUUCAACUGUUUCCUUUUGAUGCCUAUUGUGGACAAGUUGCCUGCUCUUCUUCGGGAAGACCUAGAAUCUGCUUUUGAAGAUGACCUUGAUAAUGUUUUUGACAUAACCAACCUGAGGCACUCAUUGGGCCAGCAGAAGAGAGAUACUGAAAUUGAGCUGAAGAGGAUCAAGAGGCUGAAGGAGAAAUUCAGAAUGAUACAUAAGCAACUAAGUCUACAUCAAGCCUUCUGACUAUGUCAAGUCGCUGAUGGAAUUACUAUAUUUUACGUAAAUUGUGAUGGGGAUGUGCUUUGAGGAUCUGUGAUAAAAUGGGGUUUGUGACCCAUUUCUUCUGGCUAGACAAUUUCCCUUUAUCACUUAAUGUUUGAAAUGUGCUGUAUUAUUCAUAGCUAAUGAGUAGGAUGGCUUGGUAUAAAUUUUAUAUUAUAUAUUGAUAUGUUGAUUUGAAUACUUAUGAAGCGGUUUGCCCUAAAAAUAGGAUGAUUAGGUGUUCUUAUGA